UCGGGCGAGCAGCUCUCCGCACCCCCCCGCCAUAAAGAGGACACGCCGCGGUGUAAACUGGUCCUCUACGUCCAUGGAGCCGCUGCAGGGCCGCCUGUGACAGUUUGCUCGACAUGGCCAAGAACCAGGACGUGGAGCGCAUCGCCAAAAAACUGGACAAAAUGGUCCACAAGAAGAACACGGACGGAUCGUUGGACCUGCUGAAGGAGCUAAAGAACAUGACCAUGUGUCUGGAGACUCUGCAGUCCACAAGAGUGGGAAUGUCCGUCAACGCUGUGAGGAAGCAAAGUUCAGACCAGGAAGUUCAGAAUCUGGCCAAAGCACUAAUCAAGUCCUGGAAGAAAUUAAUAGAUGGUUCAGAGGGGAAGUCGGAGGAAAAAGAGAAGAAGGACUCGCGCAGCACUGAGACCAGCAGUAAGACCACCGCUGAGCCCUCCGCCGUCACGACCUUCCCGCCCAUCCCCGUCACCACUGACAGUGUUCGCAAUAAAUGUCGAGAGUUGCUGGUGACGGCGCUGCAGACUGACGACGACUACAAGACCAUCGGAGUUAACUGCGGUGUUCUCGCCGCCCAGAUUGAGGAACAUAUCUUCGAGGAGAUGAAGUCCACGGACAUGAAGUACAAAUCUCGUCUGAGGAGUCGCAUCUCCAACCUGAAGGACCAGAAGAACCCAGACCUGCGACGCAACGUCCUGUGUGGCAACAUCUCUGCUCAGAGCAUCGCUUCCAUGACCUCCGAGGAGAUGGCGAGUGCUGAGAUGAAGCAGAUGAGAGAAACUUUGACCAAAGAGUCCAUUCGUGAGCAUCAACUGUCCAGAGUGGGCGGGACAGAGACGGACAUGUUUGUGUGCAAAAAGUGUCACGGCAAGAGCUGCACGUACACACAGGUGCAAACUCGCAGUGCAGACGAGCCCAUGACCACUUACGUGUUGUGUAACGACUGCGGCCAACGCUGGAAGUUCUGCUGAGGAUCCAUCUUGUAUUCUGCUGCUGUCUUCUACAAACUAAAAGGCCAGUUUUGCUUUCAUUGCUUUAUUUUGUAACCGCUCUCCAAAUAUAUAGAAACUGAAAAGUGGAGUCUCCGAAGUCUAGGAAGAUAAGUAAUUAUUUGGAGAAGUGGGAUGUUGACUUGUACUCCAAGUCAUGUAAAUAUAAAUAAACUUGUUCUCAAGUACAACUUAAA